AUGACGGCUCUGCUACAAGCACACAUUAACCUGGACACGGUGGAGAAUGCUCUCUGCGACCUGGCACAGGGUAGUGGAUUCUCGCGGGAGACCUGCAACGGAUUCUUUGCCUGCGUUGCCUACUGCCGUCAUGCAUUCCGAUGGGCCACAAACCCCAUCGUCAAGGUUGCGCAGGAUGAUAAGGCGAUCGAUUUCCCCAUGGAGUUGGACAUCCCGUGGGACUACCUUUGUCGUCGAUACGGUAUAUACUCACAAGGGGGGAACGUCAUGUCAAAUCUUCUUUGUGAUUUCGACACGAGCGGAAGGAUGAUCUAUACGAUCAACGAGGGGAUGCCAGAUAUUGUGCGGUCAUCGGAGUACCACUUUACGUAUAUUUUCGUGGAGAUGGAGAGGCUGGCUGUCCCUAUCUACCUCCACAUCUCCCAGUCGAUUGAUUACUUUGAGAGGGGAGACAAAGCGCAAUGUGCGGAGAAAAUACGGUCUAUAUUCCGUCAACUACGGAAGGUUUUCCAGGCGUUCUACAAGACCUUUGUACCUUCCACGGUCAGUCCGGCUGUCUGGCUGUCUUACGUCCAAGGUUUUCACGGAUGGGCCGCUGGAACGAUAGAUGGUGAGACCUACACAGAAUAUGAUGGAGUCCAAGGAGGCCAGAUGGUGCUGAUUCAGGUGAUUGAUGCCUUCCUUGGCAUGGACCCGUUUCUUUCCACCGAGGCUUUUCGACGCCAUGUCACCUACUACCAGCGCGGCUUUAUCGAUUCCGUCCGGCGCCAUUCAUUCCGUCAGAAAGCUCUUGGCGCAGGGGACGGCGAAAUCAAUAUUCACAUGAUUGAAAUCGCCAAGCUGAUGCAUGUCUUUCGAAGUUCCCAUCGCAAGACAGCAUCUAAGUAUCUUGCAGUGCCGGCGCCCGAGAGAAUAACCAUGACAGCUGGAAGCUCUGUCUUGCAGGGAGGCAGCGCUUCAUCAAAUCCACUGGCGCAUGUUGACUCUCUGCUUGCGGCCCGCCUUCGUCAGACGCGGGCACUGGGGAAACCCAAAGACAUAUAA